AAAACGUUACCACCCAGUCCCGUCCCAAACCUUAACCCCUCAUACAAUUGCGAGUGCCGUUUAUAAAGAACACUGAUGAGGACGAAAGGUACGCAACAGGCUGACUUUUCCAGGUAAUAACAUCUUUUAUGCAGAGCUAUAAUAGAAGACCUGGCAUUUUCCACCUGGUACCUUCUAUCUGAUAAUGACGUAGCUGAGUCACCCUGCACCUCUUGAGGCUAACGAAAGGCAAGCAGCUAGUUAUUCUCAACUGGGUCGGGACCCAUUAUGGGUGCGUCGUGGACAGGAAGUAAAACGUCCCCGGUUUUUACGACGGUACGGACAUAUAGGAUUUGGAGGUUACGAACGGCGCACGAGGAACUCGUUUGCACAGCGGUGUAAGAGUACGUGGCCACAAGGCAUGCUUAGUUAGCGACAUAAGCACUGUUUUUCAUAUAAAACUGCUUGUUUUAUAGUCAUGCCUCUCCCAAAUUCCUAGGGCACAAUUUGAGCGGUACUUGAAUUGAAAUGACAUGCGCCAUGUCUGAAUCUGAAUCUCGCGACAAACCAAACUCUGGUUUACGACGUUACCGACGCAUAAGGUUCCGAGGUUACGAAUGAUACGCAAGGAAAUGCAGCGUCGUAAGAAUACGAGGCACAAGAAGACACUUUCAGUUAGCGCUGUACUUAGUUUGUCAUUGGCUUGCUUUCAAUUUAUGGCAUACAUGUGUUUGUCAUACAAGUAUUUACUAUGUGCGCUAUGUGUAAAGUUUAAAUUUACAAUUGUGUUACCGCAGGGUUAGUGGGAAAAAAACCACCAAUUCACCAAUUUUCUAUACUGCUUCUCCUGUUUAGCGUCACCACGACCUGGAGCCUGUCCAAGAUGAAAGGUGGACUAGUCACUGGGCGCAAACAGUAGAGAGAAAGACUCACAUUGUCACGAGAGUGGUAUCUGAACGCACAAACUAAAAGAAAUUAUAAUAAUAACAAUAAUAAUAAAGUCUGACAAAUCUGUCAAAAAUCGACGAAAGACCCUAACAUAAAUCCAACAGGACAGAUCAAUAUACCGUAUGACAAGAACUAACAGACAACCUGACAAAAAACAAAAUAAGUUAAUCAACUACGGCCGCUGUAGGAGCGGAACUCUGUUGCAAACCGAGGACCCCCUCUCUAUUAUUGUUUGUUUCAGAUUAACAGAAGCCAACAAAGACCGAGAAGAACCCCUACAAAAUGUCUCGAGGGGCAUGCAAUUUCACAAGGCGAUGUUUCUUUUUUAAGCCGGGAGAAGGGGCGGGGGGGGCUCGUAGUACGCACGGCAGACAGAGCGUCUCAGCCGACAAAGCCUUUAGUUAAGGGGGCGGCGGGGUGUUCUUUGUCCUAAUUAGCAGUCGAUUAACAGGGUAGCGAUGUCAGGGCGCAGAUAGUGGCCUCAUUGAUGGCGUCCAUUUGCAUGUGGACGGGGACAAAGAGCAGAAAGGCCUGAUGUGUGCGUGGACAGGCAGCUGUGCUAUGAAAGAAAUAUCUCUCUGCACUCCACAUCUGUGCCGCCGGCUAUGUGACUGAUUAUUUUUGGGGCGUUGUGAGUCGGCAUGCCCCCGGGAGGCGGGAGACCAACAAGGGCCUCUGUUUCUUGAGUUGAGUGUCCACCCCACCCUCGUCUAGCCUUUCUUCCCACCAGCAGCGCUCUUGUUUCGCUCUCGUGCGUGGGGCCCUCUGUGGAACACAAACAGAGCAUCUCCGAGCCUUCAUCUCUGAGGCUUCACUCAUAAACACGUCAAUUGACAACUCUCUAGCAACGGGAGGGGUGGCGGCGGGACCGGGGGCCCUCACGGUUUCCAUGGAGCCGCGGCCCGACAAGCGGCUCCCCGGGCCGGGCGAGGCAUACCAUUCUUCUCCACUUACUCGGGGCUAUUGUGGAGCGCAACAAGUGGCUCUCUGAGGAGCAAGAAAGGGGAGGGUUCAGGGUUCAACCCUAAGCCUCCCGUCGGGACUCUUUCGCUCUGUUGCCGAAUUUGUCCAGGCACAAAAGGAGCCGCCGUCUCACUGGCCAGAACAUCUUGAGGGAGGAGAAGCAAGAGGGAAGGACCACGAUCUGUUUACCUCGGAAGGGUCCCCCGCCCCGACCUCUUCGGCGAUCAGACUGUCACUGGUUUUCCUUAAAGCUUCCUCUGAAUAUCAGGGUCACGUCUGGAGGGUACACCCUGGACUUGUUGCCGGCCAAUCGCAGGGCACAUAGAGACACCAAGAUGGAGUUGGCCACGACGGAGCUGUUGUCCAAUCAGACAUCACAAAGCUGCGCGGUGGAGUCAGCGACGGAGAACGUCCUAUUCGGGACCUUCUACAUCCUGGUCUUCUUCCUGGCGCUCAACGGCAACAGCCUGGCACUCUGGAUCUUCUCCCACCAGCGCGGCACGUCCUCCCCAGCCAACGUCUUCCUGACCCACCUGGCCGUGGCCGACCUGUCCUACGUGGUCAUCCUCCCCCUGAGGGCCACGUACCACCUCACCGGGGGCCACUGGCCCUUUGGCGAGGUGCCCUGCCGGUUGGCCGGCUUCCUGUUUUACGUCAACAUGUACGCCAGCUUGUACUUCCUGGCGUGUGUGGCGGGAGACCGCUACCUGGCGGUGGUCCACGCAGUCCGGUCGCUGAAGGUGCGCCGUACCCGCUAUGCCCACAUCAUCAGUUUCAGUUUGUGGGCGCUGGUCACCGUCUCCAUGGCACCCCUGCUGGUGACCCGCCAGACGCUGGAGGUGGACGGAACAACAGUGUGCUUGCAGCUCUACCGGGAGAAAGCGUCCCACAAGGCGCUGAUUUCCCUCGCCGUCGCUUUUACGCCACCCUUCUUGGCCACGCUGUCCUUCUACCUGCUUAUCAUCCGUAGCCUACACCGGGGGUCCCGUCUGGAGCCCACCCUCAAAUUGAGGGCCCUGCGCACCAUCGGCCUGGUCAUGCUCAUAUACGUUGUGUGCUUCCUGCCCUACCACGCCAGCCGGGCCACCUUCAUCCUGGGCCACGGCCACCCAGAUGCGUCGUGCCAGACGCGCCGAGGUCUGAGCCUAGCCAACCGGCUCACCUCGCUCCUGACGUGCCUCAACGGCGCCAUGGACCCGCUCAUCUAUCUGUUCGGUGCGGAAAAGUUCCGUAGUACCUUGAUGCGACUGCUGUGCAAAGACAAGGCGCCGGCCGGAGCAUCUGGGGCUACCAGUGGGGAGUUGAAAGGGACCCACGAGAGUUCUGUGAGUGCCAAGUCGGAGUUUUGAACUGGAUCUCGAUCCGCUAAAUGAAUCCAAAACAUUCCUUCGCCUGAUCAUGCGGCCAUUUUAUAUGCGUGACUCCCAUGCGGCAACCCUCCCCAAAAAACAACAUGCUAAAAGAUGUUUCACGCAGAGAUUCUGCAACAAUAUAUUGUGUGUCAGAAACCUCUUCAACACUGCCUAUCAUCUGUUUUCUGUGUGAAAGGGCCGACAUAGAAUGUCCGAAAUGGAUAUUCUCUCAUCGUGGCUCUUUGUUGUUGUACUCAAGUAACUCUAACUACCGGAGACAAAUUCCUUGUGUGUUUUAACAUACUUGGCCAAUUAAAACGGUUCGGAGAACUUCGGAGCUAUAACCUAACAUGAACAUUCAUCAAAGUAGGCUACUAGCAUUUUAGCAUUUAGCUGAAUGUUCGGUGGAGUCCCAGUACCAAAAAACUAAAUAAAAAAAGCACUAGAUUCUCCCAAUUGAGCAUUUUCACAUAUAUAUAUUAUAUAUAUAAAUAUAUUUUGUUAUCACUGUUUGAUACCGGUAUCAUGUUCAAUUGUGCUUGACAAAUCAUCAUUGUAAAUAUGAUCAUCAUUUUUUAGUAUCUUAACAGCAUUUGUAUAUAUGAUGAGUAUUUGUGGGUUACAUGUUUUUGGACUUUUUGUGACAUUUCUACUGAGGUUUUAUUUGAUUUUAAGAAUUGACCUGUCAUUAAACUAAACCACAGCAAGCGCUUGAAAAUACUAUAUGCAACUAUUUUUUCCUAAAAUAUACGAAUUAUUUGUUGAAAUUAUGCAAUUGUUUGUUGAAAAUACAAAAGCAUUUUGUUAAAAUUAUACAGCUUUUUCUUCAAAAAUAUAAAACUUGUUCUCAAAAAUAAUUUUGUAGUUUUUUUCCUCAAAAAUCAACUUUGUUUCUUGAAAAUGUCAUUUUUUUCCCCUUAAAAACAGACUUGAAAAUGUUGCCUAACUUCUCAAUAGGUGCAAGGAUUUUUUACUUUUUUUUUUUUUUUUUUUACUUAGCUAUACUUUUUCACAAAUUUAUGAGCUCUUUCUUAAAAUAUAUAACUUCUUUUACUCAAAAAUAUAGGAUAUUUUUUUUUCCUCACAAAAAUCGUAUUCUCGCAAGAGUACGCUUCUAUUCUCUCAACAAUACACCUUUUUCUCUAAAAAGAUCGAACUUUUCUCUCAAAUGUACAACAUUUAUCUCAAACACACAUUUCCCCCCCCCCAUAAAAUACACUUCAUCUAUAUUUUUUUCCCCUCAAAAAUAUACACCUUUCCUAACAUUCCGACUUUAAUCCCGUAGUGUCAUUUUUUUUCUCAUCAAUAUGGCCCCACUUGUAUUAAUAAUUGUUAGCUUGUUAAACUAACCGCUAUGGCUACGGCCGGCUACGCUAACAGGAUGACAUUUUUAUAGUCCUAUUGCUUUGGUGCUUUCAAAUGAUUGUAAAGCGAGAACUUGGAACAGUGUGAGCCUUUUGCCUUUUGUGACUUUAUAUUGUCAACAAUAAACGUAUU